UAAAUAGCAUAAUCCAUGGCUAGCUUAGUCUUAAUUAUGAACAGAGAGAAACAGGGGAUGGAGUAAAUAUAUAAAGGUAUAAGUGAAGCUUUGGAAAAUCAGCAAUGGCGGCGAGAUCACAGAUUCGAACAGAGCUCCAAAUAUCAAGAAGAUGGGAAGAUAUAAGCCCGGAGCAACCCCAAGUCUGGUCGGAGCCCCGAGAUAAUCCGGAUCGCCGCGUCGCCGCCGUCGUCUACUACCUCUCUCGAAACGGCCAACUCCAACACCCCCAUUUCAUGGAGGUCCCCUUUUCUUCCUCUCAAGGUCUCUAUCUCAAAGAUGUGAUCGGCCGCUUGAAUUCCCUCCGAGGAAGGGGAAUCGCUUCACUAUAUUCAUGGUCGGCGAAAAGGUGAACUUCCCUUAUCUUCAAUUUCACCUUGUUUACAGAUUUAUGAGAUUGGAUCUGAAUGGCCAAACCUUUGAGCUUAAUUUUAGGAGAUAUAAGAACGGAUUCGUGUGGCAAGAUCUGGAGGAAGAUGAUUUGAUAUACCCAACUCACGACCAUGAAUAUAUACUCAAGGGAUCGGAGCUCAGGGAUGAAGCAUUGACCCCUCCACGCGAAGAUUGCGAGCUCCCGGCGGCGAGGAGUCGUGAUAAACCGCUGCUUGGGAUCGAGGACGUAAAAGAAGAGGCGGAGGAGAUAUUGAGUCAGAGUCAGAGAACGGAGCUGAGCAGAGGCGAGAUUUCGCCGCCGCCGCAGUCGGGUUCGAGUCCGGAAACUCUGGAGCGGUUGCUGAAAGCGGAUGGCAGAGUGGUCUUGGUCAACGAAAGUCAAACCGAUGAAAAAUUUGAGGCUGCGAUAAACAAGUCUUCAUCUUCUUGUUUUAGAUUACGCUCCCUUUUCUAUUAAGUAAUUUGUAAAAUAUGUUGGCUCAUAUAUCUACCAAAAUUAAAAUAAUUUUGGCACUCCAAUUCAUAGUCCAUUCAUGUAUAAUGUUCUCUUCUUUUUCCAUUCCUUGGCAUGCUUAUUCUUUGAAUUGUGCACAAUCCUUUUGGAACAAUGAAUGAUAAAUCCUUUGGAACCCUAAAA